GGCGUUCGCAUUGCUUUUGCCUUCAUUAUUUAUUUAUUGAAAAAACAAAAUAAAAAGGGGUUGAGUUUUGUAGAGGCGUUGAUCUUUGACCGUCCAUCCUGCCACUGUUGGGUUUUUGAAUAUUACCCAUCACCAAUUUCCAUUGUUACUUUCCUCUCAACUUUCACUAUAUAACCAAUUAAAAAUAAAGAUUAGGAUUUUGGUUGGCAAUUGGUAAUUGCAGGCAGCUUUGGGUCUUCUUUCCUAUCAUUUCAUGCUCGUUUAUUUCAUAGCAUCCACUUCUUCUUCUUCUUCUUUUAUCACUUGAAAACUUUCAAAUUAUCAAAGGGAGAAGACAGAGGGAGAACCAAACAGAUAUAAAGGAUACUUGUUAUCUAGAUGGAUGGAUAUACUGGUAAAAGAGCUGUUGAUGGGCCUGUUGUACAUGGCAAGGGAUCGGGUCGCAUCUUGAAGGACCAUGUUAAUAACCGAGAACGAAAUGCUCAGUUUUGCAACCGAAUCGGAUGCAGUGGUAGGCUGAACUCCUCGAAAGGUACUCCGAAUGGCUGCUCGGAUAAAGCCAAAUCUGCAAGGUCUUCUUACCACUCUUCAUCAAGUGGAAAGGAAGUGAUUGGAAAUUCCUCUAGGGUAUCCUCUGUAAUUAGCAAUACUAGAAAAUCCUCUACGAAUCCUCAGAAAAAGCUUCCAUCUCAUCUGGAAACAGAUUCAUCUGAAACUAGUAGCAUUCAGGACGAGCCAGAAGUGUCUGAGCUCAUACCUCCACCAGGAAAGAUUCAAAGAGGUCUGCAUCAUGAAGCUGAGGAUGCUGAUUCUAGGGAUGUUACAGUGAUGGAAGUGGGAAGCUCUAGUGUAGUGUCAAAUGCGAGACCAAGGAGAAAAUUUAUUCAGAGAGCUGGGUUGGGCAACCAGGAGACUCUGGCCAGUCCAUCUGUUACUUCGGCAUCUCAAAGUGCUUCCCAGGCAUCUCGUUCCAACACAAGCAAGUAUGGUUUGAGAAAUCUAAGAUGUAGCUCUAUUUCUGAUGUUGUCCUGACGGGUUGUUCGUCCUCAGAUUCAAGCCUUAGCAAAAAGAAAGACAUGGUAAAAAAGAGGAACUCUGAUGAAGAGGCUAGUUCCUCAGCCAGGGGGAAAAAGUUGAGUGGGUCAUCUUUGGAGGGGCGAAACAACAGUUCUGGCCAUGGUGUUUCUAUUUCUGAUUCAAGACGAGCCAGGAAUUGGCCUCCUAACAGGGACAGCACUGUCGCUUCUUCAGUUAGGACUCGGAGGUCAAACAGUAGUUAUGUUAGAGGCAGACCUCCUAACCAAACAAAUGGAAAUAGUUUAAGUUUGAACCAGUCCCCCGUAGUCAUGCCGCUAGUUCCUCAAUCUGAUAUACCUAACGAUUUGAAUGCUCCUGUUUCCACAGAAACUGUCUCCACUCUUGUUAGUCCUUAUAGUCAAGCAGGUAGUAUAAGUGAGGGUUUGCACAGUAUCAUGCAGUCUAGUCCUUCAGAAGUUGGCGUUAACCGCACCUUAGUGAACCAAGAUAGCUUCCGGCGCUACAAUAUGGAUGGUAUUGCAGAGGUAUUAUUAGCACUUCAGAGGAUCGAACAAGAUGAAGAGUUGACAUAUGAGCAAUUACUUGUUCUAGAGACCAGCUUGUUCCUUAAUGGCCUAGACUUUUAUGACCAGCAUAGAGACAUGAGACUGGAUAUAGAUAAUAUGUCAUAUGAGGAAUUACUAGCUCUAGAAGAGAGGAUGGGUAAUGUGAGCACUGGGCUAUCGGAAGAAGCAUUGUCGAAAUGCCUCAAAAAAAGUAUCUAUGACACGGCAUCUUCGGAGUUUGCAAAUGUGAGCUAUGAGGGUGAAAAGGAUGAUGUAAAAUGCAGUAUAUGUCAGGAAGAGUACGUGAAUGGAGAUGAAGUAGGGAGGUUGCAGUGCGAGCAUAGGUAUCACGUGGCAUGCGUACAGCAGUGGCUGCGGGUGAAGAACUGGUGCCCUAUCUGCAAAGCAUCAUCAGAGAAGCCACACAAUCUUCUUCAUUCACCUCAUGAUUGAGGAACAGCCAAAGAAAGAAGGCAAAGAGGCUCUUCUUCUUUUGUACAAAUUGAUGGCUUCUCUUGGGUAUUACUAUUAUUAUUUUUUAAAUUAAAAUUUAUUUUUAUGAUCAUUAUGAUGUAAAUAUCAAAUCAAAAACCCAUUAUUAAGUCAAGUCAGUCAAACUAAUAAACCAGGUGCUAAUUGUUUCAGCACUGGAACUCUCAUUCCCUUAUAAAUGAAAUGCGAAUCAAAUUACACA